GCCGUCGGGACAGCACUGUAUGUCUUAAGAGUUGUACAGAGACUGGGAGGGCAGCAGGAGACUAUCUUCUAGUUAGUGACCCUCAUCAGACCACGUGUUUGGAGAGGUCCCUCCCUCACCCUCUGAACCAGGUGUUGAAUCCUUUGUCCAGAACUGGUGGCGUCCCAGUCCCACCGGCGUGAGGCGCCAAAGGACCAGUCCUGGGGCCCAUGGCGGUGCCGGUCCGCCUGGGCCGGAAACGCCCGCUGCCGAUUUGCCCCAACCCGCUCUUUGUACGUUGGCUGACCGAGUGGCGGGACGAGGCAGCCAGCAGGGGGCGACGCACACAAUUCGUAUUUCAAAAGGCGCUGCGCUCACUCCGGCGUUACCCACUUCCCCUGCGCAGCGGCAAAGAAGCUAAGAUCCUACGGCAUUUCGGAGACGGGCUCUGCCGGAUGCUGGACCAGCGGCUGCAGCAGCACCAAUCAUCAGGCGGUGAUCAUGCCCCAGGUUCAUCUGGAGCAAAGAGUCCAGCCCCGGAAGAGCCACCUGCCGGAGUCCCGGACUCUUCCAUGCCAGUGAGGAGGGGGCAAGGAAAAGUGGGAGCACUAGCAGUGCCAUCCCAGCCCAAAGUGGGAAGCUCUAGCAGCUACUGGCCAGCUCGGCACUCGGGAGCUCGAGCAGUACUGCUGCUGCUCUACAGAGAACACCUGAACCCUAGUGGCCACAGCUUCCUGACCAAGGAGGAGCUGCUGCAGAGGUGUGCCCAGGAUGUUCCUGGGGUAGCCCCUGUGAGUGCUCGACCCUGGCCAGCCCUCCGCUCCCUCCUCCAUAGGAACCUGGUCUUCAGGACACACCAGCCAGCCAGGUACUCACUGACCCCGGAGGGUCUGGAGCUGGCCCAGAAGUUGGCCGAGUCAGAGGGCCUGAGCUCGCUGAAUGUGCCCAUUGGGCCAGAAGAGCCCUCUGGGGAGGAACCAGAAGUGCCAGGAUCAGCCUCAGCUGAGCUUGGUGCCAGCGAAGGCAGAGUCCAGCAGCCACUACUGGAGCUGAGGCCUGGAGAGUACAGGGUGGUGUUGUGUGUGGAUGUUGGUGAGGCCAAGGGAGCUGGGCACAGGCCAGAGCUACUCCGCCAGCUGCAGCGGCUGCACGUGACGCACACAGUGCGCAAACUGCAUGUUGGGGACUUCGUGUGGGUGGCGCAGGAGACCAGGCCCAGAGACCCGGCAAGACCUGGGGAACUAGUCCUGGACCACAUUGUGGAGCGCAAGAGGCUGGAUGACCUGUGUAGCAGCAUCAUCGAUGGUCGCUUCCGGGAACAGAAGUUCCGGCUGAAGCGCUGUGGCCUGCGGCGCCGAGUGUACUUGGUGGAAGAACAUGGCUCAGUGCACAACCUCAGCCUUCCUGAGAGUACGCUGCUGCAAGCUGUCACCAAUACUCAGGUCAUUGAUGGCUUCUUUGUGAAGCGCACAGCAGAUAUUAAGGAGUCAGCUGCUUACCUGGCCCUCUUGACACGGGGCCUGGAGAGACUCUACCAGGGCCACACCCUACGCAGUCGCCCCUGGGGAGCCCCAGGGGACUCCGAAUCGGGAGCUGGGCCCUCCCCAAAUCCUCUCUGCUCACUCCUCACCUUCAAUGACUUCAACACGGGAGCCAUCAAAAACAAGGCCCAGUCUGUGAGGGAGGUCUUCGCCCGACAGCUGAUGCAGGUGCGAGGAGUGAGUGGGGAGAAGGCAGCAGCCCUGGUGGAUCGGUACAGCACUCCUGCCAGCCUACUGGCUGCCUAUGAUGCCUGCGCCACCCCCAAGGAACAGGAGAUGCUGCUGAGCACCAUCAAGUGCGGGCGACUGCAGAGGAAUCUGGGGCCCGCUCUCAGCAGGACCUUGUCCCAGCUCUACUGCAGCCACAGCCCCCUGACCUGAACUAUGCCAUGAGAUGGACCCCAGCCCCUAUCUUUCCAGGCUAGCCAGCCUUUUAACCAGAAUCUUUUGGGCUACAAUAAAAAU